AUGUGUAAAGAAGUUUCAUCUACUUCUAAUCAGGAAAAUGAGAAUGGCAGUGGUUCUGAGGAACUGUGCUACUCCAUCAUUAGUCACAGACCUUAUCGGAGGCCCUCCCUGAGCUCCAAUGAUGAUGGUUAUGAGAAUAUUGACUCUACCACAAAGAGAGUGAGGCCAUUUAGAAAUGGGUCAGAAACAGAAUAUGCCCUUGUCAAGAUGACUUGUGUUACUAGGCCUUCUUCCUGUACCCUCGAGCAUGAUUAUGAACUUGUGCUUCCCCACUAG